GGAAUUUUGAAUUUCUUUUCGUGUACGUGGCCUGAGAGGCAGCCCCCCCGCCACUCCCAUCCAAAGCACACCGCACUGAGCACGACAUUGCCUUUUCCGGCCACUUGUAAUCUCUCCUACCCCAUAGCUCUCUCACGUGAGUUAUAAAGCUUACAUUUCCCGUACUUCACUCCUUCCGGUUCCAUCCCCCCCCCCCUCUCUCUCUCUCUCUCUCUCUCUCUCUCUCUCUCUCUCUCUCUCUCUCUCUCUCUCUCGUAUUGGCGGUGGCUGCAGGAAUGGGGGAGUCCGCGGAGAAUCAGCAUCAUCAUCAGCAGCAGAGUUCUUCAGAUAGUUUUGUUGAGAUUCCCAUUGACAUUGACGUAGAAAUUGUCGAUGAAGGCGACGGCAAUGGAAUCGAAUCGGCAAACGAGGAGGCUCACGGAGUCUCGGCGAUCAAUGGUGGCUCUCGUUCUUCAGGGAAUAUUGACAGGAAUUUACCUGGAUGGAGCCCUAUGCCUGGGGAAGCAUCAAGUGGGGGUCAAAAAUUAGUGUUUACUUCCACUGAGCUUGCAGAACCUGGGAGAGGUAGACAGGACAGUAGACUUCGUUCACUGGCAGCAAAACUUUUUGAUGACAAAAUUCCUUUCAAGAAGAAGCUCAAAUGGUUGAAAAAAUUUGCUACCAUUAAAGAUGAUGGAUGUGUACAAUUUGAAGUUCCAGGGGACAUUAAACCUCAAGACCUUUAUUGUGAAACUGAAGUUGUUUCUAAUGAAGCUGUUGAGGGAGAAACCAUUGAUGGAAUAGACAUGCAAAAUAUACCUCCACUACAGAUUGUAAUGCUUAUUGUUGGGACACGGGGAGAUGUACAACCAUUUGUUGCCAUUGGAAAACGUUUGCAGGAAUGCGGCCAUAGGGUUAGACUAGCAACGCACUCCAAUUUUGAGGAGUUUGUCUUGACGGCGGGAUUGGAAUUUUUCCCGUUAGGUGGCGAUCCAAGAGUUCUUGCUGGUUACAUGGUCAAGAACAAAGGUUUCCUGCCAUCUGUGCCAUCAGAAAUUCCUACUCAGCGAAAUCAAAUUAGAGAAAUUAUAUACUCGUUACUUCCAGCGUGCAAAGAUCCUGACCCUGUUUCUAGAGUACCAUUUAAAGCAGAUGCCAUAAUUGCCAAUCCUCCAGCAUACGGACAUACACAUGUUGCAAAGGCACUGAAUGUACCAUUACAUAUAUUUUUCACAAUGCCUUGGACGCCUACUAGUGAAUUCCCACAUCCUUUGUCCCGCGUUAAGCAACAUGUUGCAUAUAGACUAUCAUACCAAAUUGUUGAUGCACUAAUUUGGCUUGGUAUACGGGACAUGAUUAAUGACUUUAGGAAGAAAAGGCUGAAGCUACGACCUGUGACAUAUUUAAGUGGUUCUGGUAGUUCUUCUCCUGAUGUUCCUUAUGGUUAUAUUUGGAGUCCUCACCUUGUUCCUAAACCCAAAGAUUGGGGACCUAAGAUUGAUGUAGUUGGGUUUUGUUUCCUUGACCUUGCAUCAAACUAUGAACCUCCAAACUCACUUGUGAAAUGGCUUGAAAGUGGUGCAAAACCUAUUUACGUUGGAUUUGGUAGCCUUCCUCUUCAAGAUCCAGGGAAAAUGACUAAUAUAGUUGUUCAAGCUCUAGAAAUCACUGGACAAAGAGGUAUCAUUAACAGAGGCUGGGGUGGUCUUGGUAACUUGGCAGAACCAAAAGACUUUGUGUACUCAUUAGACAACUGCCCUCAUGAUUGGCUAUUCUUGCGAUGCUUUGCUGUGGUACAUCAUGGAGGUGCUGGAACAACUGCUGCUGGUCUAAAGGCUGCGUGUCCAACCACUAUUGUGCCCUUCUUUGGGGACCAACCAUUUUGGGGAGGGCGGGUGCAUGCCAGGGGAGUAGGUCCAGCACCCAUACCAAUUGAUGAGUUCUCACUUGAGAAGUUGGUUGCUGCUAUACGAUUCAUGCUAGAUCCUAAGGUGAAAGAGCGGGCAGUUCAAUUGGCCAAGGCCAUGGAGAACGAGGAUGGGGUGACAGGAGCAGUCAAAGCUUUCUAUAAACAUUUUCCUGGCAAAAGGCCGGAGUCCGAUCCCGAUCCUAAUCCAUCUCCCAGCAGUUCAUGCUCUUUAAGACGAUGCUUUGGUUGUAACUGUUGACAUUGGAGGACCUUGUUGCUUGAAACACUUGCAGAAUUUUCCUCCCCAAGUUUCCACAAUCAUUCCCAUCUUAGAAUCCAUUUUCAUGCAGAAUUUUUUACCAGGAUGACCCUUCCCAACAUCAUUAUACGCCCCAAGUAAGAUGGAGAUGAAACUCAGUUCCACUCUGUGUGAUGUCCACUUUGUUGGGGGAAAAAUAAUAAAAGUUGAGGCAUGUUUUCUUGUAAAGAACAUUUUUAUAUUCUCUCUUUCUUAGCUUUACUAUAAUUAUAAAAGAAAUGCAAUGUUGUUUUUCAGUUUUUUUAAUUGUUAUGUAAACAUUGGAUCCAUUCACUUAUAGAAAGUUAUUUACAUUUUUAA